AUGGGAGUGAUAUGGCUGCCCAACCCAUCUCGGAUUCUAUGUUUUGCUUUUCAUGUUACCUUCAUUCUGUUUCAGCUAGCAACUGCAGAAAGAGAACUGAAGUUCGUGGUUGCAGUUUUCCGGCAUGGUGACCGAUCACCUGUUGUAAACUUUCCAACUGAUUUACACAAAGAAAGUGAAUGGCCCCAAGGAUUUGGACAACUUACCAAGACUGGAAUGCAGCAGCUCUUUGAACUUGGACAGUACACGAGGAAAAGAUAUUCAAACUUUUUGAACAGCACAUACAACCGGAAAGAGUUCUAUAUCCAAAGCACAGAUUUUGACCGUACCAUUAUGAGUGCCCAGUCAUACCUUUCUGGCCUCUUUCCACCAACAAGCAGUCAAAUUUGGAACCCUGAGCUCCUCUGGCAACCAAUUCCUGUUCAUGUUGUAACAAAAUCAACAGAUCGGAAGCUGCUUUUUCCUCUGCGUGGCUGUCCGCAUUUUGAUGAACUUCAGAAUGAAACCCAAACAUCUAGUGAAUUUCAAAGUAGAAUACAACCAUACAUGGAUUUUUUGCAAACAAUGGCAGUUAACACAGGACUUGAACUAAAUAAUCUGAAAAUACUGGACAAUUUCCAGCUCUGGAAUACAUAUGAUACACUGUACUGUGAGAGUAUUCACAAUUACUCUCUACCUGUAUGGGCCACCAAAGAUACAGUGGGCAAGAUGGAAAAACUGGCAGAAUUGGCCUUAUUAUCACUAUUUGGAGUUUAUAAAACAGAAGAGAAAUCACGACUACAAGGAGGUGUCCUUGUGAAUAUUAUUUUAAAUAGUAUUAAACAAGCUACCAAUUCCUCAAAAGAAAGAAAAAUGGAGGUCUACUCUGCACAUGACACCACAAUUGGGGCCAUCCAGAUUGCUCUCAAUAUUUUCAAUGGAAAACUGCCACCAUAUGCUGCUUGCCAGUUUUUUGAACUCUACCAAGAUAACAGCGGGCGGUACAGCAUUGAAAUGCAUUAUCGGAAUGACUCUUCAGUGGAUCCUUACUUACUCACUCUGCCAGGAUGCACCUCUUCUUGUCCACUUGAGAAGUUUGCUGAAUUAGUUUCUCCUAUAAUUACCGAAAAUUGGUCAAAAGAAUGUGGGAAUAAAGACAGAAUGAAAGAUAUCUAUAUUGGAUUUGAUGUUGCCGUUGGCUUGUUGUUCAUAUUCAACCUUGUUCUACUCUAUCUCCUUUAUCACUAUGGACGCUGCAGGCGCAGAAACAAUUACCAAGACAUUUAA